CCCUUACUCGGCGACGAUGCGUUUUGCUACAUCGACGAUAUCGUCAUUUGCGGCGACGACUCCGAGAGCGUGCUCGCAAAAGUGGAGCUCUUCCUGAAGCAAUGCAGGAAGACUGGGUUCUACCUGCGGCUCGGCAAAAGCGAGUGGUUUAAGCACCAGGUGAAGUACUUAGGACACGUGGUCGGCACGGAUGGUAUCAAGGUCCAAGAGAAGAAGACCCAAACUAUCAUAGCAGCGCCGAGGCCAGAGAGCAGAUGCGGUCUUCAGGGCUUCCUGGGCAUGUGUGGUUACCUGCGGCCGUUCAUCUCUCGCUACUCGGACACGACGGCACCGUUGUUCGACCUCUUGAAGAAGGGCGCCGAGUUGAAGUGGCAGCCAGCGCACGAACGUGCCUUCGAGGCCCUGAAAGAAGCAGUACAGAACACGAUCACUCUGCACGCGCCGACCCCCACAGGAACCUACAUCAUCGAGACGGACGCCUCCGAACUGGGAGUAGGAGCUCUGCUAAAGCAGCGUCAAGGUGACGUAGAAGUGCCGUUAGAGUUUGCUAGUCGGAAGUUCAACCCCACGGAGCGAGGCUGGGACAAGCGAGAGAGGGAGCUGUUCGCAGUUAAGUGGGCGGUAGAGAAGUGGCGCGACUAUGUCAGCUUGGCGCACUUCGUCGUGCGCACGGACCACAACAAUCUCCGCUACCUAACAAACGUCGACACCGGCAAAGUCUUCAGGUGGGCACUCGCCCUCAGUAACUAUGACUUCACGAUUGAGUUUCUUUCGGGAGAGCGCAAUCAUAUCGCGGACUGGCUGAGUAG